GCGGGCGCGCUGGCUCCCAGGCUGGUCUCGGUGCCACUUGCGCGCCGGCCGCGCACCGAGCUUCUCUUUUCCCUCCGACGCGCCACGGCUACCCAGACAUUCCGGCUGCCGGGUCUGGAGAGCUCCCAGAAACCCUCCGCGGAGAGGAGCGAGGCGGCGCCAGGGUGGCCCUCGGGGCUCGCUUGGUCUCGGAGAAGCGGGGACGAGGCCGGAGGAUGAGCGGCUGAGGGCGACGCGGGCACUGACGCGAGUUGGGGCCGCGACCACCGGCAGCUGACAGCGCGAUGAGCGAGUCCCCAGAGACGCCCUAGCCCGGUGCGCGCGCCGGGCAGAGCGCGCAGGUGGGGUUGGGCUCUCAGCGGUCCGCCCCGCGCGGGUCCCCGGCCUGCCCAGGAUGGGCGCUGGCAACCCGGUCCAGCGCCCGCCGCUGCUACCCCUGCGCCCGCCGCGAGCCCGGCGUCCGGCCCGCGCCUUGAGCUCAUGGACGGCGGCUCCCGGCUGGCGGCGGCGCGCCCCCGGGCUGUGAAUGCGACUCGCCCCUCGGCCGCGCUCCCCGCCCGCCCGCCCGCCGGGACGUGGUAGGGGAUGCCCAGCUCCACUGCGAUGGCAGUUGGCGCGCUCUCCAGUUCCCUCCUGGUCACCUGCUGCCUGAUGGUGGCUCUGUGCAGUCCAAGCAUCCCGCUGGAGAAGCUGGCCCAGGCACCAGAGCAGCCGGGCCAGGAGAAGCGUGAGCACGCCUCUCGGGACGGCCCGGGGCGGGUGAACGAGCUCGGGCGCCCGGCGAGGGACGAGGGCGGCAGCGGCCGGGACUGGAAGAGCAAGAGCGGCCGUGGGCUCGCCGGCCGUGAGCCGUGGAGCAAGCUGAAGCAGGCCUGGGUCUCCCAGGGCGGGGGCGCCAAGGCCGGGGAUCUGCAGGUCCGGCCCCGCGGUGACACCCCGCAGGGGGAAGCCCUGGCCGCAGCCGCCCAGGACGCGAUCGGCCCGGAACUCGCGCCCACGCCCGAGCCACCCGAGGAGUACGCGUACCCGGACUACCGUGGCAAGGGCUGCGUGGACGAGAGUGGCUUCGUGUACGCGAUCGGGGAGAAGUUCGCGCCAGGCCCCUCGGCCUGCCCGUGCCUGUGCACCGAGGAGGGGCCGCUGUGCGCGCAGCCCGAGUGCCCGAGGCUGCACCCGCGCUGCAUCCACGUCGACACGAGCCAGUGCUGCCCGCAGUGCAAGGAGAGGAAGAACUACUGCGAGUUCCGGGGCAAGACCUAUCAGACUUUGGAGGAGUUCGUGGUGUCUCCAUGCGAGAGGUGUCGCUGUGAAGCCAACGGUGAGGUGCUGUGCACAGUGUCAGCGUGUCCCCAGACGGAGUGUGUGGACCCUGUGUACGAGCCUGAUCAGUGCUGUCCCAUCUGCAAAAAUGGUCCAAACUGCUUUGCAGAAACCGCGGUGAUCCCUGCUGGCAGAGAAGUGAAGACUGACGAGUGCACCAUAUGCCACUGUACUUAUGAGGAAGGCACAUGGAGAAUCGAGCGGCAGGCCAUGUGCACGAGACAUGAAUGCAGGCAAAUGUAGACGCUUCCCAGAACACAGACUCCGACUUUUUCUAGAACAUUUUACUGAUGUGAACAUUCUAGAUGACUCUGGGAAAUAUCAGUCAAAGAAGACUUUUGAUGAGGAAUAAUGGAAAAUUGUUGGUACUUUUCCUUUUCUUGAUAACAGUUACUACAACAGAAGGAAAUGGAUAUAUUUCAAAACAUCAACAAGAACUUUGGGCAUAAAAUCCCUCUCUAAAUAAAUGUGCUAUUUUCACAGUAAGUACACAAAAGUACACUAUUAUAUAUUAAAUGUAUUUCUAUAAUCCCUCCAUUAGAGAGCUUAUAUAAGUGUUUUCUAUAGAUGCAGAUUAAAAAUGCUGUGUUGUCAACCGUCCUCACUGUGUACCUGCAUAUCUUUUUCAGUUCUGAUUCCAUCACCCGGGAAUGUUCCCCCUGCACAUUUUCACAGGGCAGAGUCACGCAUGAAUGGAUCAUAAGAUAUUAGGACCAAUUUCCACUGAAACCCUGUUUAAAUUCUAUUUAAUUACAGACAUAUCUCUAAUGUUGAUGUCUACUUCACAUAAAUAUAUUUCCUUUUUAUAAUAAUAUAUUGCUUUUAUCUGCUUCAUUCUCAGUCACUUGUGAAAUGCAGGUGUAAAGAUCACUAACUCAUACUUUCUCAGUUUUUUCCUCUAAGCUCCUGAAUUGUAGACUAUAGGUAAGCACAUACAUAUAUUUCAUUCUUAUUUACAUUAUUUUCUCUUCUAAGCAUAACUUUAAUUCAUUCCCUAAACUGAGGAAUAAAGUAGGCUGGAAAAUUUGCAUUAGUGUUCCAUCAAGCUGAAGAAGACAACAAAAUAGGGGAGGAGUCCUUCGAUUAUCCUAGGAUAGUUAAGGAAAAUCAAACUCCUAAACAAGUUUAUAUACCUGAAAUCUAAAUGUGCUACAGAUAACUCAGCUGUCAGUUCAGUGGAAUCAUAUUUGUCAUCAGACUUGAGUCAUCUAUCCUCCAUAAACUACACAGUAAAAUCUUGACUGAUAAUCUUGAAUUAGCCACCCUUCACAAGCAGAGUGAGAAAGCAGUUAUUUUGUUAAAACAAAGCUGAAGACCAAGUGUACUCCACAACUUUCCUAUAAUUAUAAUUCCAAACCAACUUAUUUUCUCUUCAUUUGAACAGAGAACAUAAAAAGCCACUGCAAAGUCCUGCUAAUCUAAUCAAUGCAUAAUAGAAAAUAGUUCUGCCUUUAUCAAUCAUAUCAGCAUGUGGUGUGUUGAUGAAAGAAGUAAUUGGAGUCUUAAUAGGUGUAGGAUAAAAAAAGCAAAAGUAUAAUCACUAUUUAUGUCUUUAAAGGAUUAAAACAUAUAUAAUCAUUAUUUGAAGCCUCUAAAGGUAUUUUUCAUAUUUUUGUUUAUUCUAAAAUUUUGCAUUAAGAACCUAUUAAGUACAAAGCAUUGACAACAAGGGAAUAAGGCUUGAUUUCUUGCCUUCUUGGACUUUUGGUCUCUGGCAUAAGAAGUAUAUGAAAUCAUAAUGUAUUGUAUUAGGAGCCAAGCUAGAGACCAGCAAAUGGAGAUUAGAAAGCCUUCCUAAUGAGAAGAUGGAGAACAUGAAAAAAAUCAUUAUAUAAAAAAUAAUUCAAUUAUUAAAGACUGAAUAACAUUCAAGAAAAAUGGAUACAUCUAUCAUAAUUGAAAAAUUAAACUAUUGUGGACCUGAGUAAGUAUAAAGAUGCCACUGACUGAGUCAUGAAAACAUUACAUAUAGUCAUUUAAUUUUUAUCUUGUUCAUAAAGAACACCUUGAGCCAAAGGGACUACCAGUACAUAGAUUUCAUGAAAAUACUCAGGGGAAUUAUUAGCUAAUUGUUCUCAGGUGUAAUCAGCUUUCCAAAAUUUAACCUUUGUAUUAAAGACUGGUAGACAUUGGCCAUCCCUCCUUUAUUCAAGGAUGGAUUGUUUGAGACACAGUUAUUUAAAGUUGUCGUUUUGCUAAUAAAUGGCCCUAGCCCCCAUGGGUAGGUGGGCCAUUAGUAACCUCUUCUCUCUCCAUCAGGCAUGAUGCAGUUAGAGACUCAGUCCAUGCAGCUCAAAGUCUUCCUGUUUCCCUUAAUAAUAAUUCCUACCAGAAUGGAUGAUGAGCUCUGAAAUAAUUGCAGUGGUGUUUUCAAUGCUGUGAGAAUUUCAGAAAACCUGGUAUUUUGUUGCAUAUAGAGAGAAUGAACCCAGUAUCAUCUUGGGAAAUUAACUGACUCACUUGCUCUAAACUUAGUUUGACCUGCAGGGUCACCAGCACACACUCCUAAGAACUAAAGCUCAGUGGCUGUUAUUACACCAAAGUAACUCCCCUCCCCAUCUCUGAUUUCAACCCCCUCAUUCCUCUCUCCUCAUAGAAAUAAUGCAUAAACCAAACACAUGGAAGAACUUAGUUUUAUGACACUGCAUAUACGCAUUAAUAAUAAUGGCAUUAUUUGCAUUUUUGUCCAAGAUCAACUUCUUCUUGCAGUUAGACUUUCACAAAUAUAUAGCUAUCUCAGAUUGACAUUCUAUUUUCCUCCCCUCUGUUGUCAGAGAACUCUUUGCUGAGAUUAUCAACAACAAACUGUUCUAUUCAAUAAAUAACCUGAAUAGCUGCCCAAUAAAAAAGGAAAGUAUAAGUUACUCAAUUUCAAAAUAAUAUGGUUUGGAGAUAGCACAGAAAAGGGGGGCCUCAGAAUUCAAGCAUAGAAGUUCUGGACAAGCCAUAAUCACUAAAAUUCAAAUAGGCCUGCUCUAUAAGUACCUAAUAAUUGUUAAAUGAUUUGUUCAAGUUAAUAAACUAAAUCGUGCUUACAAAUGUAUUAAUGAAUUUAUUUCAAAUUUUCAACCCAUAUUUAGAUCUGAAAGUAUAAAGCUACUUAUGUAAGCAAUAGAAUGGUUCUGGAAAUUAUCUGAUGUCUUAGAGGUUUUCAAGUUAAAUUCAUUCUUUCAGUGAUAGGAUAUUUACUUGUUGGGUGGAUUAACAAUACUUUCUAUUGACAUUUCCCAGAAGUCUUGAGAAAAGUCAUUUCAAAAACUUGUAUUUCAUCCCUGCAUGCAACAAGUAUUAGAUGCACUGCAGUUCAGGCAAGUCCUGCUACAAUGUUGCAGCUAGUGCAGAUGGAGAGGCACAGUAUCCUUGACAUCAAGGGGUCUGUAAGCCUUGAAACUAAUUUAGGUUUGAUUAAAAUACUUUUAAUCUUUUGAUACUUAGAAUUUCAUCACCUGCUUUGUGCAGUAAAACAUGCUGAGAAUUCUCAUACAGUUUUAAGUUUGUAACAUCAAUAAUAUGUUUUAUAAACUUUCCUCCCUACUUCUCCAACAUAAAUGUUGCAUUUAUAUAAGGUUAAAAGUCCUAAAAAAUCAUAAAAUUCAGAUGUUUAAUUUUUGUUUUUAAGCAGUGAAAUGGGUUUUUAAAUGUAUACAUUAUCUGAAACUUACAAAAUAUACAAUGUUUCAAACAAGCAUUGUUGGAAACGAAAUCCAUUAUUUUAAAUGUGGACUAUUUAAACAUGUAGAAAACAAAAUUAUAGAUAUAACUAUGAUUUUAAAAAUAUUAACAAUUUGCUAAAUUUGCUUCAAUGGGCAAGAGAUCAAUCCUACUUUUCAUUAUUUUUAAUAUCAUAUUUUUCCCCAACAUAAUGUUAUUAUGAAGAGUAUCCGAUGUACAAAUAAGCAUCAUUGGUAAAAACAUACAUGCUUCUUUGGCCAACAUAAUUUGUAACUUUCUUAUGGAACCUACUUACCUACUAUAUUUUUUUUCCUCACUAGUAGCAUCUGAUGGUUGAUACAGUCAGUAACUAUUCUGAAGAAUUAGAUUAAGAGAGAACAAUUUACUUAUUCAGGAAUAAGUGCAUUUUUACAGUAUAUAUUUUUCACAUUCCAGCUGCAACUUCCAAAGAUCAGGUUCUCAUUGCUCUGUAGCACAGAUUAAACAGCCUACUUAUGUCAUAUCCUCACUUCACACCAACCUCUUCAGUCUAUUAUUUUAGUUUUCUAAAUGUAGAUCUAGUUUUCAACUGAAUUCUUUAUUUUGAGGAUCGCAAUCACACACAAAAUAACAUCCAAACUCCUCAACAUGGAAGACUGGUGUCUUCACAAUUAGAUCAUGGACCACACCAUGACCCAGGCCCCUGUGGCUGCUGAGACUUCUGGGCCCUGGGUACCACAGACUAUACUCUAAACAUGGUCUCUGCUAUCUCAGAUCCUGCCCUGAGUGUCCUUUGCAGCAUGCUGAGAUAUUAGCCAUUUUCAAUGUCCAAUUCAAGUGCCAUUGCUGGUAAGAAGGCUUCUGUAGUUCUUAUUGGAAGAAUUGUCACUCUAUGUCCCAGUAAUAGUACUAAUUUGGUUUCUUAUUUUAACAUAUCAUUUAGGAAUCAUACCAUAGUUUGCAUAAUAGUUAAUUUUAUGCCUGCUUCUUCUAUUAUUUACAAAUCCCUUUAGUUUGGGCUGUGAGAUAUUCAAUUCCCAAAACAUCACCCAAUAUCUAUAUGUUAAAGGCUUGUUGAAUUGUAUUCAAUCUAUUAAUUCAGAGUUAUCUGCUAUUCUUGUUUAAGGACAAUGUAUGUAUUAAAGAGCAACUAAAAGCUCCCAUUACUGUUUGCCAACCCAGUUGUCUUUUGAUUUCUCUGUCAACUUGCAAAUAUCAAAUAUCUAAGUCAUACAACCCGGAGACACACCAAAUACCCCAAAUACCCCAUGGUAGUUUUAGGAUGAACUCUGGCAGCUAUUGGCCAUUUCUGGUGCAAGUCAGAAAAAAAUUGCCUUUAGUGUGAAAUUUUUGAUGCUGAAGAAAGUUGAUUGUACUGAAGAGACACUGGCCCUUUAUGAUAAAGGAAGUCAAGUUUACAGUUUUGAUAUUUGUUUACUUUCUUAUUUCUAAUUUUUGGAAAACAAUUUUCUUAGAAUUUCAUUUGUGGUAUUGAUCACUUCUGCGUGUUUUAAUCUUUCUACAUAACAUAAUUAAACACCUCAGUAGGUAUCUAGUGAACUGAUACAAUAAUGAGCUGAGUCAUUUGUACAGAAAUAUAGUAGCUUCCAUAACCUGAAUGAUAACUAUUUAAAAGUGAUGGUUGUUGAAAUUUUACUGUAGUGUCAAAUUACACUUUAAAUUUUGCAAAGCACCUGCUAUUCUAGCCUUAACACAAAAAUUUAGAAACUAAAUCCAAUGCCUAAUUUUUAAACGAAUAAAUCCCAUUGAAUAUUAAGUGACACUGACAAUCACCCUGAAAAGUAUUCAGCCAAAGUUUCAAUAGAAUUAGGAAACUUAAAUGAAAAUGUGCUCUCAGUGCUUGGCCCAUGAGCAGUUUAUGAUUUAAGACAUGCAUACUGUUUAACUCUUUCCUUUAAAGUUCAGAAAAGUACAUAAAGCCUCUGACUGACCUAUUAUAUAGGCACAGAAUUAUCAAAAGCAAUCAAAGUAUGUACCUAAAGUCAAUUUAGUAUAUUAUGAAUACAGCCUGAUGACUAAACACAAUUGCAAAUAUUGCGACUUUAGUUUUUAAUUCAAUUUUUAGUAAGUAGAAAUAUUUCUCAAUUUUAUUUGGUAUCUAAUUAUAUUAAGACCAACAUAUACAUUAAAGUGCAUUUAGAUGAUUAAUAUUUAAUGAUCAUUAUUUUAUUUAAUGAUUAAUAUUUUCUAUUAUUUGAAUUUCUGUAAUUUAUAUUUUAGAAAGAACUGUUUCCAAACACAUUUUAUGGAAAGAUUUCAUUUUUCCAUUCCUUUUACUUUUAUAUUUACAUUGUCAAAUAAAUACAAUUCUAUUUUCAUUUCUAUUAGAUUUCAGGGUUUAUUCUUUUCCUAAGCAUAUAAUUCUUAUAAUGGAAAAAAGUGAAAAGUAUCCAUUAAGUAAUAUAAACCUAUGAAACUAUUAAUGUUCUUUAUAUUACCAAGUAGUUUCAUAGUUUUAAAAAGCCAUUCUUAAGCAAUCAGUGAAUGUAUAUCAUCGGCCAAAAGUUAUGGUAGGUUUCCUUCACUUAUUAUCACAUUUAACCUCACAGUUCUCUCAAAUUGUGGGUUACUUUUGUUGCAGAAAAGUAAAUAUAGGCUCAGGGAAAUUUAAAAACUGCCUUAAGAUUCAGUCUAGUAAAUGAGAGGCUGAGUUAAGAAUCCAAAUCUGCUUUAUAUCAGAGCCCAUGAUUUGAAGUCUUAUCAUUUGUGUUUAGGUCAGGGACCUCUAGAAAUUAGACAGAAUUUUCAAAAUGGUCUUUUACCCCACUCCCCAUAAAUAAGAUAAUGAAUAGCAACACUGAUUCCUAAUUCUAGAAUGUCAAUCUUGAUACUUGUCAAAGUAAAUAGUAGCUCCUCACAAAAAUGUUGUAGCCUCCCUAGUCUAAAUGCUUAUGCUAUAUUUUGAUUCCUAAAUCUAGAGAUCUCUUUUUAAAAACAGUAUUGAAGCAUCAGGUUGUUCAGGUAUGAUUCUCACAUUGAAAUUUACAAAAUAUAACCAAAUAUUGUGACCCAGUUUUUCUGGAGCCAAGAGAAGUAAACUGCCAUUUAUUAGGUGAUGAUUAUAUGGCAAACACUACAAUUUCAAAUUUCAAAUUCUUUUAUCUUUUUUAUUCAUUUUAUCAACUCUGCUGUAUUGAUGAGGAAGUCAACAUAUGGUGGGUAACAUCCAAACUUCAGUGAUGGGCUGGGCAUGGUGGCUUACGCCUAUAAUCCCAGCACUUUGGGAGGCUGAGGCAGGUGGAUCAGGAGUUUGAGGCCAGCCUGACCAACAUGUGAAACCCCAUCUCUACUAAAAAUACAAAAAAAUUAUUUGGGCAUGGCGGCACAUGCCUGCAAUCUACUCGGGAGGCUGAGGCAGGAGAAUCCCUUAAACCCAGGAGAUGGAGGUUGCAUGAGCCGAGAUCACGUCACUGCACUCCAGCCUGGGUGACAGAGCGAGACCCUGUCUCAAAAAAAAAAAAAAAAAAGUCAGUGAUGGAACUGAGGCCAAAUCUGGUUCCAAAGCUAUCCUACAUGGGGCACAGUCAGGACUGGAAUGGAUAGCUCUACCUGCUUCCAAAUAUUCUUCCCUGGGGAGCGGCUGUGAGUCUUACUGAAUCAAUUUAUUCAUUGCAUUCUAUGUGUCAAAUGCAAUUUAGGCCUGGGUGAUAGAGUCAUAUAUGGUCUUUGGACCCACGAAGCUCUGAGUCAAGGAUACCAGCAGAUAUCCUUAAACUAAUAAAAAAAAGCGAUGGCAUCACAUGCCAUUUUGAACUUUUGCAUUAAAGUCAUAAACUUACAUCAGUAUUACGAUUUAUACUUUUAAGCAAAGUUUUGCCAUUUUCUGAUACAUAGUAGCUAGUGAUAAAAUUAUGAAGUUACUAUUGUAUGUUCCAAUGACAUAAAAAACUAAGUGCCUGCUUGGGCUAGUUAUACUCUGCAGUAUACCCUGGCUUAUUGUGAGGAUUAAAUAAAAAAUCAUCACAAACCCCAAUUUAAUUUAAUAUAGAUUAAUUAUAAAAGUAAUCUACCCAUGUUACAUAAUGUUAAGUCUGUAGUUUCAAAGUGUAUGGUAUUUCUUAAAACAAAAACAAAGAUUGUCUCCACUCCAAACAAUAACAGCAAUGGUGAAGGUUGUGGGUGGACAGAGGUAGCCCCACUCAUCCCCAGGGGGCUCAGCUGCCACCGGCCAGGUCUAUCUACUGCUCCCACCCGCUCUGACUGUUUUCUCUCAAGAAAAAGAUUUUCAUUUUAAGAUAGGCAUCAGUGCAAUAAAGGAGCUCUAUACAAAAAUCAUUAUGUUCUAUAUAUGUUUUUGUAGGUUUUAGAUUAAUUAUGGCCAACUGUUACCUUAAAAUAUUUGUUACAAAUAGCACUGAAGUGAGAUUCAAAAUUGUGCCUUCUAUUGAAGCCAAGAAAGUAAAUGUCUUUAAAAUAAACAUAAUGGUGUUUUUUUUUUGGUACAAUAAACAGCAUACCUACACUUCAGAGGACAAAUCAUGUUAUAUAAUAACCAGGAGGGAAAAUAAAAGGAUACAUUAAUUUGCAUAUGGAAGCAAAAUGGAAAUGUUGAAAUUCAGAGCAAUAUAGAGCAAAACAGAGGUUUGUCUGAAACAUUUAAAAUAUUAAGAAGUAUGACUAAAAAACUCAAACAUUUUAAUACACGAUGAAUCCUUUUCUUAAGGAAAAAAGGAAAAUAAUAAAAGUGGUAUUUGGAUGAGAUAAUUUUCCUUUAAAUUUAUUCCUCAGAAUGAUGUAAAUUUUCCAGCUGGAAGCUCAUCUUUCUAUACAUGCAUGCAUCUACACAAAUGGUUAAACAGUUACUCUCUCAAUUCGCUGGGAUAGGAAAGGUGGAUACAAAUAUAAGCAAGGGUCUGAUUAAAACAAAACAAAACAAACAAAAGACAAGAGAAGCACUGCACUGUUGGCCAGAAAUUCCUUUUAAGUCAGACUUAAGUCCGCAGAAAGUUGGACCUAAGCAGUGAAGGAUGUAGGGGAACAAAGAGAGACUCUGCUUGGCCGAGUUUGCUAUUCUCAUUUGUCCCUGUCAAUACGGCUACAUAAAGUUCACAACUAUUUGCACAUAGCUAUAAAUAUAGCAUGAAUAAAACACAUAUGUAUUUGUAUUAUUUACUAUUUAUAAUUUGAAUUAAUGUUUAAAAUAAUUUUAAAUACUUAUUCCAUAAACUCAGUAUUUGAAAACUUAAAGUCAUUUUAAAUAACAUCAUUUACCAAGUCUGCGUGAUGCUUUACAAGAUACCUGAUGAAUGUAAAAUUAUAGCUUUUUGUCUUCAUUUCUAAUAGACUGUUAUAGGGGAAAUGUACUAAAAUGUUGUACUUAUUACAUUUAUGAAUUUCAGACAGUUUCUAUAGACUGAGAACAAUGAUAUGUUUUUAUAAAUUAUUUGGUGAAAGUUUUCCAGUAAGUGUUCAUGUCCUGUACAAAUUUAUUAAACAACAUCAAUUUUACCUAACAACUGUAACCACUAAUAAAUCAUCAGUCACCACUUUUCCUGCAUAUCUGACAGAUGGAGAACACUGUGCUUAGUGUUGAAGAUACCAAAGGGAAUUCAAGUGAGGGGAAAAAAGGAGAGCAAACUGAUCAAAAGGGAAUGCCCAUGAUGCUUUCAGGAAACCAGGGUGAGAACAUGCUGGCUGGAGGAUGGGUCUGGUUUCCAGCAGAGAUGAUAGGAAUUAAAAGGCAUAGGUGAGUUGUUCCCAUCCCUGGCCUGAGCCUUACUCCAUAGCUAUAGAAACAUAGUCUCUAGAAACAAAGGCCAGAGCAUCCUUUUAACAUUUAUAUCAUAAGUAUUCUCAAUAAAUGUUUGCAAUUUAUUUGCUUUAAUGUAACUUGGCAGUAAAGACUUUGGCCUUUGGAGGUCUGAUUCUAAUCCCAGUUCUACCACUUACUGGUUAUUUAUCAGGUACACGUUACCUACCUCUCUGUAACUCAGAUUGCUCAUCAGUAACAUGGGGAGAGUGGUAUCAACCACUAAGAGGAUUAAAUGAGUGAAUAUUUGUAAAACACGUAGCCUAGAAUAGAUAAAUAUUUAUAAAGCACAAGAUCUAUUUAAAGUGUUUAUAACAUAAUACAUUGGAAUAUGAGACUAUUGAACAUUUUGAAGAUUCUAAUAAAUGCAUAAUUUAAUUUAGUGCUCAUUUGAAAAAUAUUUUAUCCUCAUGUUUAAAUUUAACAUAUAUAAUUUAUAUCUUAGUUUUUAUCCCAUUUAUAUAUAUAUAUUUACCAGAAAAAUGUUUUGUAAUACCUUAAUUUUAUGUGGAGUUGAAUUUAAAUAAUUAGGCCGAAUUUGUAUGUAUCGUUGGAUGGGUAUGUGUAUUGACCUGAUUUAUAAAAUAAAGUAUUUAUUAAACUGGGUUUUGCACUUCCAGGUAGAGUCACAUUUAAGAUAAUCCUUUGAAAUAUUUUAGCUUUUGAAAGUAGAUUAAGCAAGAUA